GAUCCGACGACCUCUCCGCCAAGUUGUGGGACGUGCGCACUGGGCAGUGCAUUUAUGGAAUUCAGACGCACACCUGCGCCGCGGUGAAAUUCGAUGAACAGAAGCUGGUGACCGGGUCCUUUGACAACACUAUUGCAUGCUGGGAGUGGAGCACGGGAGCUAAAAUCCAGCAGUUCCGUGGCCACACAGGAGCAGUCUUCAGUGUGGACUACAACGACGAGCUGGACGUGCUGGUCAGCGGCUCUGCAGACUUCCAGGUGAAGGUGUGGGCUCUGACGGCCGGCGCCUGUCUCAACACUCUGACCGGACACACGGAGUGGGUCACUAAGGUGCUCCUCCAGAAGAGCGAGGUGGAGUCAGUGGUGCACAGUCCUGGUGAUCACAUCCUCCUCAGUGCUGAUAAGUAUGAGAUCAAGGUGUGGCCUCUGGGCAGAGAAGUCAACUGCAAGUGUUUGAAGACGCUGUGCGUGUCGGAGGACCGCAGCAUCGGCCUGCAGCCUCGCCUGCAGUUCGACGGGCGCCACAUCGUCUGCAGCUCAGACCUCGGCGUCUACCAGUGGGACUUUGCCAGUUUUGAGAUUCUCAGGGUGAUAAAGACACAGGACCCGGCUAACCUGUCCCUGCUCAGCUUCGGCGAGGUGUUCGCGCUGCUUUUCGACAACCACUUCCUGUAUGUGAUGGACCUGAGGACGGAGGCCAUCUCGGGCCGCUGGCCUCUACCGGCCUACAGGAAAUCCAAGCGGGGGUCCAGCUUCCUGGCCGGCGUGACGUCCUGGCUCAACGGGCUGGACGGGGACAAUGACUCUGGACUGGUGUUUGCCACCAGCAUGCCCGACCAUAGCAUUCACUUAGUACUGUGGAAGGAGAACGGAUAGACAACAAACGGGGUUUCCCCAGACUGCUAGGACGCGAGCCGCCAUCACGUGGCUCUGGAACAUGAACCUGAACAGCUCAACGUGGGUCACACAUGGACCAAAGCGUUUAGUUUUUAUCCGUUUUCUUCCUCAGCUCACAAACAUGAACAUUCACACACGGAGGCAGAACUAAGACGACACUCGACACGCUCUGGAGAAACCUGUAAACCUCUCGUUGGUCUUCUGAUCUGCGACCAAGAAGCUGUUUUUAUGAAAGCCAAGAA